AUGGAGGAAGGAGGCAAUAACGGCCACGGCGGCGGGCCGCCGCGGAGGUACAGAGGGGUGCGGCAGCGGAAGUGGGGGAAAUGGGUGUCGGAGAUCAGGGAGCCGGGCAAGAAGACGAGGAUAUGGCUGGGGAGCUACGACACUCCCGAAAUGGCGGCGGCGGCUUACGACGCCGCGGCAUUGUACCUCCGCGGAGGCGCAGCCGCCGCGGGUGGGGCCCAGCUCAACUUCCCGGAGCUGGCGGGGUCGCUCCCCCGCCCGGCCAGCUCCAGCGUGGAGGACGUCCAGACGGCGGCACAACAAGCCGCCGCCCGAAUGAUCGUGAAUCAUAAUAAUAUCAAGCAUCCGGCGGCGGUUCAUUCGCCGGAAUCGUGUAUUUCGGAGGAAGGAGAGCAGCAGCUGAUGGGCGGAGACGAGUCGGGUCGGUUCGGGUUGCGACCGGUUCGGGUCGGGCUGUCGCCGAGCCAAAUCCAGGCGAUCAACGAGACGCCGAUGGAUUCGCCGAACGUGUGGAUGGAAUUGGCGGGAGCGCUGUUGCGCGGCGGGGGGAACCAAUACGACGACGCCGUUUCGAUGGAUUUGGAUGGGGCGGUGAUCGACGGCUGUGAUUUCAGCGGGUUGGACGAGAUCAUGGAAAUGCAAUAUUUCCAGCCGUCCAUUUGGGAUUACUGA